AUGGCGGCGGCGGCGGUGCAGCCGCAGCUGCAAAAGAAGGCGGAGAGCUCGCGAUCAAUCUUGAAUCUGCGAAAGGCAUCCUUCACGUCCGAGGUACUUUGUGCGGCCUCGAAGAAGGGCAGGCUGGCUACAGCCCUCUCGAACCUCUUCGCCAUGCGCAGCGCCUGCGAGCGCUGGUCCCCGAAAAGGCCAGUCUGGGAAGAGGUGGGGGCUCAGUUCGCGCGCGACCGAGCGCCAGGGCUUAUGGCGCCCCCCAGCUUCGCCCAUCACGAUCCAGAGGGUCCUGACCUCCUCGGCCCCCUCCUGCGCGCGUGCGCGCUCGCGGUGCUCCGCCAAGCCGCCCUCAAGCCGCGCCGCGGCGUUCCACUCAUCGAGGCGCACGUCGUGUCUCGUGAGCUGCAUCGCUCGCCCCAGCCCUGGCACCUCCACGAGCACCCGCUCGAGUCCCUUCGGCGGGUCGAGCUCGAGUCGCGGCGUAAGGCAGGUGGCCUCGUCCGGCGGCGGCAGCGGCUGCAGCGCGCCCAGGGCCAGCCCCUCUGGCGCCCCCGCGGCAGCGGCGGCGGGGGCCGCCUCGCGCAGCGGAGCGAUACGACGGAUGGCUCCACCGAAAGGGAGGAGGCGGCCGUCUUCGAGGUACCCCAAGACGUAUUCAGCGGGGACUCGUCCGACAGCGGCGGCGCCACGAUCGGCUCAGGCUGCUCCUCGAGCGUGCAGAACGGUGAGGUUCCGCACUGCCUUUUCCGCCUGCUCGAGGCUGUCGUCCAGCCGAGCGAGGAAUCCGUGAAGAACGACGUGCAGGAGGCUUGCUUAUCGGAGUGCGUCUACAAGUGCAGCGGAGGAGCCCGCGGCAAGGGCGGAGAGUAUAAGGACAGGUCCAGGUGCCUGAAAGACUGCCGGGACGAGUGCCUGCCGCCAGACGAUGAGGACGAGCUGGUCCUGGGCUGA